CGAGCAGCAGAGUAACCCUAGCAGCAGACGCACACAGCUCACGAGAAGAGGAGGAGUCUUAGUCGCAGCCGCCGAGCAAAGAAGAUGACAUUCAAGCGCAGGAACGGAGGGAGGAACAAGCACAACCGCGGGCACGUGAAGCCAAUCAGAUGCUCCAACUGCGGCAAAUGCUGCCCAAAGGACAAGGCCAUCAAGAGGUUCAUCGUCAGGAACAUUGUGGAGCAGGCUGCUAUUAGAGAUGUUCAGGAAGCUAGCGUCUACGAUGGGUACACGUUGCCUAAGCUGUAUGCUAAGACGCAAUACUGUGUCUCUUGUGCGAUCCACUCUCACGUUGUUAGAGUCCGUUCACGCACCAACCGCAGGGUUCGUACCCCGCCGCCUCGUUUUGUUAGACGCAAGGAGGAUGCUCCCAAGCCUGGACAACCUGGUCAGGCUCCUCGUCCUGCUGGAGCUGCAGCUGCCCCGCGUGCCUGAAGCCUCUGAAUAUCCUAGUUUCAGCUUUUUCAAGUUUUAUGUUUUGUUCAGAUUAUUCGUACUAGUACCAUGUGAAUCUCGAAAGCUGUUUAGUACUUCUUGUUUCGACUUCGUUAUAUUUAAAACACUUUUGUUUGUUUUUCUCCAAGAGAUGAUUUGUUUUAACAAUAAACUAGAUCUCGACCAC